AUGGAAAAGAAAGACGUAUUGAAUGACACGCUAGCUCUUUUUAGAACACACGGGGAGGCGCUUGAGCGAUACGCCAAAAAAGUUGUGAAGGUAGUGGUAGUGGCCUACCCAGCAAACACCAACGCAUACAUUCUGAGCAAAUUUGCGCCGUCAAUUCCCAAGAACAAUUUUUCCUGUCUGCUCCGGCUAGAUCACAAUCGCGCGAUUGUACAGGCAAGUAAGGGCUACUUAUUUCAUAUUGUGUAUUUUUAGUAAAUUUUUAAUAGCAGUAGUUCAGUUUUAAAAGGCAUGUUAAGAACAGGAGAAUAAGAUAACUUUUGCCCAUCAUAAGUUUGCAGAAUUUCCGGCGCCUUUCACGGACGCCACCUCCGCUUAUCCUCAUAUUGUAAAUGAAAAAACAGGUCGGCUUAUAAAGGAGGAAAUCCGAUGUGCCUGCCUGCAGAUUCAAAGUCGGGCUUGAUUCCAUUGUCAAACGAUUAUAAUCCAAAUACCAACUAAAUUAAACCUGGGCCGAACCGCCCACCCGUAUGCAAGAUCGGAUAGAGCAAUGUGCAAGACGCGCCCACAACUAGAUACUCAAUAACAGCCUCGGCAUGCGUAAGCUGGUAGUUCACCCUUUACUACUAUAAUGAUCAAAGCGAGUAAGGACUUAAGACGUACGGCAAAAUCAUUUGGUUCAGAGCUCGAACUUCGGUCCUUAUCUGCUACAGUUCCCGGAAUAGAAUCUUCCAUUAUCCUUCUAGAAUGUUAGCCAGGAAAACGAGCGUCCUCAAAGUUGGAUACCUAAGCAAUCAUACCUUGUUGGCCACAUUUUCCCACGACCGAUGUUCGUCAGUCUGAAAUCCAAACAUUUUAUUAAUUUGCAGUCCUACAACACUGCAGUCCGUGUAUGAAAAACCUUACAUCUUUCGUGCUAAUGAUUUUGGUAGCAGACUUACAGUUAUUCACAACUGCAACAGUAGAUAGACAUAUAUCCAGAAGUCACUUAAAGCAUAUUCAUUGCAUUCCAUGUUUUCGACUGUUAAGCACUAAAUUAUCUAUGUUUGGAUCAGCACCAAGAUACCUCCAUUGUUACGAAAACCACUUCAAUUAAAUUAUUAGAUCGCCAAGCGCCUCGGUGUCUCCUGCGGUGCCGUUCACGACGUCGUGGUCUGGGGUUGCCACGGGACUACGGAAUUCCCCGAUCUUUCACACGCCUACGUGGUACGCGGAGAUAAGAAGAUCCCGGUUUCGAUGGCCUUGGACAAUGAGGACUGGACCAAAAACGCCUUUCUGAACCACAUUCGAGAGAAGAGCGUUACUGUCUCUGUGGAAGCAAUGAAGGCGAUGAAUGCAUCCGUCGCGGCGCGGGCCAUUGUAGAUCACAUGCAUGACUGGUGGUUUGGUACGCCAGAGGGUACCUGGACGUCGAUGGGUGUUUACAGCCGGGGAGAGUACGGCGCGCCCAACGAUGUGAUCUUUGGGUUCCCCGUCACCAUCAAGAACCGAGAGCCAACCAUUGUCGAGGGAUUGCCCUUCGACGACUGGGGAGAUGACAAGUUUGAAACUACAGCCCGGGAGUUGAUGAGCGAGCGACAGAUCAUCCUCGCUGCCUGUAAGGACGAGUAG